CCUGAGUUUAUAAUUACUUAGCAAGAAGUUAUUAAAUAUAUAAUAAAUAUUUAUUAUAUUAGUGUCAAUAUUUUAUUCCCACCUAUCCUGCAUUUCCAACAUAUAUCUGUUUUUAUAUAUACCCCCUCACUAUAUAUACCUCCAGAAACGCCACCGAACAUAUUCCCGAUUAAGUAGUCAAUAAAUCAUAAGCGGUAAAGAAAGCAACACCUCAAUCAAAUAAAACUAGGGCGUCAAUAAUAAAAUGGGCAGUGAUUUGCAUUUAUUUCUGGAAAAGCUUAGGCAAAGUUCUAAUGCCUGGUCUUUGUUUGCUUGUACAGGGGACGGGAAUAUCAAGUCAGUAGACGAGGGUGAGAAUAAUGUCAGAGAUUGUUUCCGUUAUCUGGAUCCCACUAGUACCCAAUUCGCUAUCAUAAAACUCACACGAUUUACCAUGGAAGAUAUUCUACUCGUUCGUUUAUAUGGUGAAAAUACCAAUAAUAUACAAAGAAGUGGUUUCGAUGACGUUCUAAAUAAUAAUUCUAAUUACAUAACGUCAACAGAAGAUAUACGAGUGACCAGUCCACGGGAAUUACAAGAAUUCGUCGAAUCUCACCUCCCAUAUAGCACAAAUGAACUGUGCGUUGACAAUGCACUUCGAAAGCUUUCCAGUCUGCAUAUGAACGAUAUUCCUCACAUUGAUUUAGUGAAUGGCAUGGUUGCGCUUACUAAGAACAAUGAAAUCGUUUAUCGGGAGCCACAAGACGUCCAAGUGGGGGACAGAAUCUUAUCUCAUAGGCCCCAAGAUAAUUGCUGCUAUUGGCAGAAAGUGUUUGCUUUUGAACAUAUACACUUGCAAGCCGAAGACCUAAUCCAUGUAGCUAAUUUAGAAGCAGGCGAAAGCGACAUGUCAAAAGAUUAUGGUAUCACAUUCACAACCCCGAGAUAUGAGAGAGUUCCUUGUGUUACCGAAACGAAUGAUAAGUAUUUCAAAUCAUAUACCAUGGAGACGUUAGAAGACAUAGUUGUAGACAAGUGUAUAUUUCAGUACAGGUCGCCCGGCGGAAUAUCAAGUACUAAUGAUAUUCCAGAAGAUCUGAGUAACUACCUUGGUCUUAAGACCUUUGAAAAGAAAAUCGCAUUUUUGGAGUUGGUCGGAAUGUUUAUCGGUGAUGGCCAUAUUAACCUGAGCUUAUCCUACAUCAACUUCAAACACUAUAAAGCAGAAGAUACUGUAUACUUAACAAAUAUCGGAAAAUGUCUAGGUUUACACUAUACAACUACAUCUGACUUAUCUGAGACUUUCCCUCCGAACACUUUCUGCAAAUUAAGAUCAUUUCGCAUAUAUACACCACAAUACGUCAGCUAUUUCCAACACCAAUUUAACAGGCCUCGUGAUGGUCGUCCUAGUAGAAGUGAAGUCAUUAAAGACAUACCUACUUACUUAAUCAAUACAAAUAGAACAUACUGUCAAGCACUACUUAAGGGACUUCACCAAGCAGAUGGACAGGUAUACCAAAAUAAGAUUUAUGGCAGUGAAAAAGUACCUUUCAAGGUCUACGUUACAGCUAUCUUGGCUGGAUUCAGUCCAAGGAACGUAUUGCAGUCUGAAGAAGGACCGACAGAAGUGAUGGGUUUGCCAGGUACUGCAACUCGAGACCUUUAUGGUACUUCUUGGCUCGAUAAAAAAGUCGUCUACACAUACAGGAGUCAAUUUGUAGAAGACAAAAUGGUUUCGGAAAGUACACUAGGACUGAGAGGGAUUCGUCUAUAUCUGAAUCAACCGAACGUUUAUGUGUCUACCUUAAAUAGGGUGAUCGGUUCAAACUCAGUCGAAAAAGUAUCAACCAUAGAAAGACCAGUUCUGCUAGGAUGCGAUACUAAAAAUCUUCAUGAUGAAGAAAGUCAAGGUUAUGUCAUAGACAUGAAAAAAAGCGUUGACAUGCUUCAAUUCGGCUAUAAUGCUACUGCACCGAUGAGACAUAAACAACACGUUACUGCUCUCUCCUUAGCAAAGAAUGAUGAUGCCCAACUAAGUUUAGAGGAAUUAUUUAAUCCUUCAAGAUUAGUUUUACCAGAUGAAUUUGCAGAUUUAGAAGGUUUGGAAGGUUUCUGUGAUAAUGAUGAACAAAGUGCAUUCCUAGUUAAAUGUAAAUCUUUUAUUAGUAAGGAAAUAAGAAUAUUAUUAGCCAAAGCAGAUAUCAAGCCCUUGGGUAGCAAUCAGGAAGAAUUCAAAAGAUUAAGAAGAUCUUUCACGCGAGAUUUUACUUAUCAGUGUGGCCGUUAUGGUUGUACUGUUACCGGCUGGCCAAGGUCACUCGACAAACUGACAGUCGUUGCAUAUUCUACGUCACAAUGUUAUCAAAUGGCGCGACAUCUACUUUUCAGGAGAUUGGAAAUACGUAGAAUCACUCCUUUUGAUUCCAAAAGCUUAAUAAGACCAUAUAUUUCUUUACAUACGAACAAAAAAACUGAUGCACUUGAAGGAGAAGAUUUAGACGAUGGAAUUGGUGUCGAUGAUGAUGGUGUACCAUGCUUCAAGACCUCAGACAUACGAAACGAAGAGCUGAUUAAUGUGGAAGCACGACAAUGUAACUUGUGUCUUAAAACCUUCCCAAGUGAGGCUGCUUUGCAAACUCACUAUUACUUUUCCACAACCGGUCCAAUCCCUUGCGAUCAAUGCAAUCACAAAUUCCACACAAAAAAACACUUAGAAUCCCAUAAAGGACACAUACAUGGCAUCAUGCGAGUUUCCAUAUGUGAACAAUGCGGGCUAACGUUUUUGGAAUUGGACCAGCUAUUAGACCAUUAUUGUUCAGUCAGUAUUGGAAAUCUAGCAUGUACUGUCAAUAAUUGCCAGCACAGGUUUAAAUCGAUUGAAGAUUUGCAAAUUCACAUUAAGAUAUGCCACAAGAAGCGUCAGAAGCGAUUCUUAUGCACGUGUGGCUAUGAAGUAGAUUCUUUAUAUACAUUUGAGAAUCACUUCAGAAGGUUUGCAGAAAAUAAUCACAAGCUUAAAUGCCCAUUUUGCCCACAUAAUUUCCCAAGUCAUGGAGCUAGAGGCAGUCACAUUACUACUAUCCAUAGCAAGGAUGCCCAAAGCGUUUAUUACGAUGUUAGGAAAAACGAGUACAUCAGUGUAGGCGAUACUGGAUCCACAGAAACACAGCUCUUAAGGAAUGGAAAUCCGUGUACGUGUCUUGCUUGGCGCUCCAGAUUAUAGUUUGAACCAUCACAGGUUAUCAAGUUUUGAAGUCAUGUGAGAGCUGUGAAUUUACAGGUACAGAUACAGAACUGCAAGAACAUUAUGCGAUCGUUGGUGAUCCUAAAAAUUUGGAAAUUUGUGCUAUUUGUCAACACCGGUUUCCUGAUGCAAUGUGGGUAAAAAUGCAUCGUGAUAUAGAUCAUCAUAAUGUGGUAGAGAACACACCGCAAGACUUAGAGAUUUCGGCACCAGUUGACCCACCAAGGGAGGAGGCCCCUUAUGCUAUACCAACAUCAAAUGGCUCUUUCAGGUGCUCUAUUUGUAGAUAUGAAGAUGGAGAAGAUAAAGUAAACCAUCACAUAAAUAUAAGUUCGAUAACGGUUGGAAAGAAAUUACAUUUGUGUAAGCUUUGUACACACACCUUUAGACUUCCAGGGACCUACGCACGACAUGUAAUUAGGGAUCAUGAGAAGGAGUGGUCAGCACUACCGCACAAAGGUGAAAUGAUCGCUACUGGCACUCGCACAUACAAGGAAAACUUGCAAAUUUUCUACUGCUCCGAAUGCGGGUGCAGUGGUAUCAAAAGUAGCAUUCAAGUGCACCUUGUCGUAUCAAAUGCUAUCGGUACACCUGUCUUUCGGUGUCCUUUCUGUAGACACUCCUUCAACUCUUCGGUAUCACAGUCUCUCCAUAUCACUAAGUUUCAUAGAGAUCAAUAUAACGCAAGUCAGAACUUGGUACUGAUCGAAAAGUAUGGCUGUGGAAUUGAAUUAACCACUAAAGGCCCUUUUAAGUGUCAGAAAUGUAAGAGAGUCGAUGGUUUACGUCAAGCGAUUGUAGUGCAUAUAGCAGAAACUGCCCGUCCAGAUAAUCUUCAAGAUAGGAAGUCGGGAUUUAAAUGUCAAUAUGAUUCUCAUUGGUUUAAAAACAAAGCACAAUUUACAAAGCAUAUCAGAAACUUUUGUUAUAAAGGGACAAGAGAAGGACCAAAUGAGACGAUACAACGUAAGCAAUGUCCAGUUCUUUUUAGGGAAGAAACUAGAGACGAUGACUUAAAAGUUUGCAGCGUCUGUGCUUUUAAAGGUGAUAAUGAGUCGUUCCAACUUCAUCUUGAACUAACCCAGGUAACAUCACGUGAUAAAGACACAAGGCAUGGUUGUGGCUACUGCAGUCAUACGUUCAAAUGCGAAAAUGAUCGGUUUUGGCACGAGGUCUCAAUUCAUCCUUAUGAUGUAAUGUAAAAAAAUAAAGAUGCAUAUAAAAUCGCCAAUUUCACGAAUUU